AUAGCAGCUCAGGUCUCCACUUGAAAACUCAUCCUAGAGUUGUGUCCGAAUUCAAUUCCCAGUAAAAAUCUUUUCCAGUUCUUAUUUCUCUCAAGAAAAAUGUCUUCCUGCGGUGGAAACUGUGGCUCUGACUGCAAGUGCGGUGACGGCUGCAAGUGCGGCAAGUACGCCGCUGACCUGAGCUACUCAGAGACGACCACCACUGAGACCGUUAUUGCUGGGGUUGCACCAGUGAAGAUUAGCUACGAGAUGAGCUCUGGGGCAGAGAAUGGCUGCAAGUGUGGAUCAAACUGCAGCUGCGACCCAUGCAACUGCAAGCUAGAGAUUUUUUUCCAAUCCUUUAUUCUUAACACUCUGAAGAAAAUGUCUAGCGGAUGUAACUGUGGCUCCAAUUGCAGUUGCGGCAAUGACUGCAAAUGCGGCAAGAAGUACCCUGACCUCGGCUUCUCAGAGAACUCCAGCACUGUGACCAUCGUUGCUGGGGUUGCACCAGUGAAGAUGUAUUACGAGGGGUCUGAGAUGAGCUUUGGAGCGGAGAGUGGCGGCUGCAAGUGCGGAUCGAACUGCAGCUGCGACCCAUGCAACUGCAAAUGAGCAAAAAGGUGAAGGGAAGUCCCAAUAAAGCGCAGCAUCAGUGGUCGUUGAUGUUUGUCUGUAAAAGAGAAGAAGAGAAUGGAAUGUCUGUUUGGGUCCAUCCAUGUAAUCGUAAAAUAAGACAGCCAUGGCUUCUGCAAAUCGAAGUUUGUUUUCUUUGGAUUGCGGAAAUGUUUCGUGGCUACUUGUGAGUUGUGAGUGUGUUUGAAUUUUAUGUGUCGCCACUGCAUGCCGCUUUGUUAUGGGUGUAAUUGGAACUUGAUUAAUGCAUAUGUUUGAAGUUCAAAAAAAGUUUAUUUGUAUGUAAUGAAACUUUACUAACUACUCCUUUAAAUCUCCAUAGUUUCCUAUUUAGCUCACGUGAGCUAUAAAUAGGAAACUAUGGAGAUUUCAUCAA